GCGCGUCAAGGAAACGUCGAUGUGGCUGUGUCCCCGACGAUGCCACUUGAGGUGAGCCACUCGGCGGUCAGCUUGGUCUCUCGAGUGGCACAAUAGCCCAUUGCUACCUUCGAAUUACCCAUUCGGGUAAUUAUCGAAAACUAGGACAAGACCAAUCCUUCGUUUUUGCCUUUUCUGUUUUCUCCCGCCCAGCCACAUUCCGACACUCCAAGAAAGGCAGAAAUAUGAAAAUCAGGUCGAAACCAAUCCGACUAUCUCUUCUUUAAAAGAGACGACCUGUGUCCGCCAUGUUUUCCUCAUCCUCGCUUUUUAUUCCCCUCCCCUACCAUUUGACACUUUCCCGCAUCCCCCCCGAACUUAAUUCUAGAGAUGCCUCGGAAGUCUACUGCCUCCUCAGCCUGCCGCGAAGGCCAUCAGUGCGAUGAAUGUGGUAUUGUUCUAGCACGUAGUGGUGAUAUGUCCAGACACAAAAAGAUUCAUUCCGAGAACAGACAAGAGAUUGUUCAUUGGUGCCCUUGGGACGGCUGCAAUUUUUCUAGUUUACAAAAAUCCAAUGUGGAAACACACUUUAAUACCCAUACCGGAAAAAAGAAUAAACAUUGCCCUGAAUGCGACUUCAGCACUGGUGAUCCUGGCUCCCUCACCCGACACAGGAAGAGGCGGCAUGCAUAUGUUCCAAAGCCUCGUGCACGUCUGGGCGCGGUUGCUUCCCAUAAUGAUUCCUCUGUCACCACCUCUCGUGCCAGCCGCAGACACGCACCCUACCCGCGAGCUCGUUCAUCCUCAUCGACCAGCUCCGAGUCCUCAGCUUCCUCCCUCGUAUCCGACUGUCCUGCUGUCUUUGUCCAGUCCAAGUACACCUCGAUGUCUCUUGCUCGGCCAGAGCAGGACAGUAACGAGAGGAUGAUACCCGGCCUUUCAGACCUUCACUCACGGUUCUUCUGGCGCCCACACGAUGUUGAACGUAUCGCUCGAUCUCCCAGUCCCAAGCUCAUUCUACCUGCAGUCGACACUGGACGCCACAUGCAGGAAAACGCGACUUUCCAGCCGCACGAACAUUACUACACACAGACUGGACAAAUGCAGUUUCCAGCAGCGCCGAUCGAGAAUUGGGACUUUGCCAGUCUUCCCGAUGCCAACCAUUGUACAGCGACACUUGGAGAGCAAUAUGUGCCUCAGUAUCUUGUGGAUGAGGGCGUACCCCUCGAGUUUGAUCUUGAACUCGCUGCUGCUUUCCAGCAGCAAAUGUUAGUGACUGGCAGUGUGGAUUCUGAUUCCACAAAUAUCAAUGGCCCGUUCGCGACUUCUUACGACUGGCCGACGUUCCUCGCGACUGUCGAUGUUGAGUCGCCGGCCAGUACAUCAUACCCCGAUGCGUCGCUCGCUUCGUUCCCCUCCUCAGCUGUCUCGUAUUCCUCGUAUUCCUCUCCCUACAAUCCCGGUCCCAUGACUGUGGAAGAUUUCUCAUCGGUCCUCGCUCCCCUUGCACCUACCUCUUUCGGCUCGGAGUGGGAGUUGUCGCCUCAUUAGAUCAUUCAGUUGGAUAGGUUAACGUCAAGCCAUACCCUCAUACACCCACCUCUAUCUCUAUUUUUAUUUUCUUUCUACUUUUUCUCUUCAUUUGGAAACCGGACUCGGACUUGCUUUUUCAAAACAUCAUUAUCGGCAUGCUAUUCCCAGCGCAUCUAUCUACAAACUAUUCUGGAAACAUUAGACAUCUUACAUCUUACAUCUUCAUUCUUACUUUCAUUGUAUAUACUUGCAUUUCACUGUUGUAUUUGUAGCAUGUUUAUUUUUAGCGCUAGCAGCACUAGUGCUAUGUUUUUGAAUGACACUCACACUCUCCACUGC